AUGUGCCGUAUCUUCAGCAUGUUUCAGGCCGUUCCACGUCCCCUCAUCAUGCCGUCCCGGCCGUGCCCCGCCGUCCUUCUCGUACUGCUCCUCCUCCGGUGUGCUGAGUCCUUUCCCCCUGCGUACAACACCACGGAUGAUCUUCAAGACGUCACUCUGGCAGCCAUCUUGCCCCUGACGAACACUGAAUACGCGUGGGCGUGGCCUCGCGUGGCCCCGGCCCUCUACCAGGCCGUGGAGCGAGUGAACUCUGACCCCUGGAUGCUGCCGGGCCUGAAGCUGAGUUUGGUUCACGGUAACUCUGAGAACCACGAGGGCUUCUGCUCGGACUCCAUGGCCCCGCUGGUCGCCGUCGACCUGAAAGUGUCCCACGACCCCUGGGCCUUCAUCGGACCCGGCUGCGACUACUCUUCCUCCCCGGUGGCCCGCUUCACCACCCACUGGGACGUGCCCAUGGUGACGGCCGGGGCUCGGGCCAUCGGCUUCAACUUGUACGCGGCGGUCACCAACACCGGCCCAACCCACAAGAAGCUGGGAGAGUUCGGCAUGAAGAUCCACGAGAGGUUCGGCUGGCAGCGCCAGGUCCUGCUCACCUUCAGCGACAACAAGGACGCCAACGAUGACCGGCAGUGCUACUUCGCCGUGGAGGGGCUCUACGACCAGCUGAGGCGGAGCAACAUCACCGUCUACGACCGCAUCAUCGAGGGCGACGUCAACUACAAGCUGGAGGUCCAAAAGAUCCGGGAGAGUGGACGAGUGGUGUACCUGUGCUGCCCCUGGGACUUCUUCAGGAACCUGAUGGUCCAGUUCAGAAAGGAGGGGGAGAAGCUGGAGAACUAUGUCUUCUUCUUUAUUGAUCUUUUUGCUGAGGGCUUGGAGGGCAGCCGGCCCAUCAGGCCCUGGUUUAAAGGCGAUACGGAUGACCAAGAGGCUCGCCUCGCCUUCAGGAGUGUGAAGCUGCUGACCUACCGAGAGCCUCAGAACCCAGAAUACCACCGGUUUGUGGAGACUCUGAAGAGCGACGCAAAGAAAAUGUUCAACUUCACCAUAAAAGACUCCAUGUACAACCUGAUUGCUGGAGGAUUCUAUGAUGGGGUGAUGAUGUACUCUCAGGCUCUGAACGAGACUCUGAGCCAACAGAAAUCCAAACCCGGACCAGUGCAGAGACCCAAUGGAGACUUGGUGACCCGCAGGAUGUGGAAUAGGACCUUUCCAGGAGUGAUGGGAAUGGUGGAGAUGGAUGAGUUUGGAGACAGAGAGGUGGACUUUGCAGUGUGGGACAUGACCGAUCUGGACACCGGAGAGUUUCAGGUGGUGUGUGUGUACAACAGCAGCACCAAGCAGCUCGUCCUGCAAAAGGGUCUGAACUUCCAGUGGCCCGGAGGCUCCCCACCUCCAGACGUGCCCAAGUGUGGCUUCAAGAACGACAACCCAGCCUGCCUCGCACGCACGGUCACGAUGCAUCAGAUGGUUGCCAUGGUGAUCUGCUUUGUUUUUGUCCUCAUCGUCACCAUCACCAUCUUCAUCUACAGGAAGUUGAAGCUAGAGAGUGAACUGGCAGCUCAGCUGUGGAGAGUCUCCUGGGACGACAUCCAGCUGAGCAACUUGGACAAAGUUCUGAGGAGAGCGUGCAGCAGGCUCACCAUGUCUCUGAAGGGCUCCAACUAUGGCUCCCUGAUGACUAUGGAGGGAAACUUCCAGAUCUACACCAAGACCGGAUACUACAAGGGAAAUCUGGCAGCAAUCAAGUAUAUCAGCAAGAAACGCAUUGAACUAACAAGGAAGGUCCUGUUUGAACUGAAACAUAUGCGAGACGUUCACAAUGAACACUUGACACGCUUCAUUGGCGCCUGUAUUGAUUCCCCAAACAUGUGCAUCAUCACGGAGUAUUGCCCAAGGGGCAGCCUUCAGGACCUGAUGGAGAGCGAGAGCAUCACACUGGACUGGAUGUUCAGAUACUCUCUUAUCCAUGACAUCGUCAAGGGCAUGGCGUUCCUCCACAACAGCGUCAUCGCCUCCCAUGGAAACCUGAAGUCAUCCAACUGUGUGGUGGACAGUCGCUUCGUCCUGAAGAUCACCGAUUAUGGUCUGCAGAGUCUCCGGACCAGCAGCUGCCCUGAGGAUACGCAUGCCUACUACGCACGGAAGCUGUGGACGGCUCCCGAGCUGUUGAGGACAGAGUGUCCACCCCUCUGCGGGAGCCAGAAGGGGGACAUCUACAGCUUUGGUGUGAUCCUUCAGGAGGUGGCUCUUCUUAGAGGAGUCUUCUACCUCGACACACAGUCUCUCACCCCAAAAGAAAUUGUCCGGGCAGUGAUUCAGGGCGGCGUGCCCCCCCUCCGCCCCUCCCUCUGCUUCCACAGUCACAGCGAGGAGCUCGGUGUGCUGAUGCAGCGCUGCUGGAGCGAAGAGCCAAGCGAGCGGCCUGACUUCAACACCAUUAAGAUCCUGCUGAGGAAGCAGCACAGAGGUUAUGGUUCCAACAUCCUGGACAACUUGCUGUCUCGUAUGGAGCAGUACGCUAACAACCUGGAGGAGCUGGUAGAGGAGCGAACUCAAGCUUACAAUGAGGAGAAACGGAAAGCGGAGGCCCUGCUGUACCAGAUACUGCCACAUUCUGUAGCGGACCAGCUAAAACGGGGUGAGACGGUUCAGGCCGAAGCUUUCGACUCCGUCACCAUCUACUUCAGUGACAUUAUAGGCUUCACCGCUCUGUCUGCCGAGAGCACGCCGUUACAGGUGGUGACCUUGUUAAAUGACCUUUACACCUGCUUCGAUGCCAUCAUCGACAACUUUGAUGUUUACAAGGUGGAGACCAUCGGGGACGCCUACAUGGUGGUCUCCGGCCUGCCCGUCAGAAACGGUAAGCUUCACGGUCGGGAGGUGGCCCGGAUGUCUCUCGCCCUGCUGGACGCUGUCAAGAGCUUCAAAAUCAGACACAGGGCCGACCAGCAGCUGCGGCUCCGGAUCGGCAUCCACAGCGGUACUGUGUGCGCCGGUGUGGUUGGGUUAAAGAUGCCCAGGUACUGUUUGUUUGGAGACACUGUCAACACAGCAUCACGCAUGGAGUCCACUGGAGAGGCCUUAAAGAUUCAUGUGUCGGAGGCAACUCGUCAGGUCCUGCUGGAGUUCAGCUGCUUCCAGCUACAGCUCAGAGGAGAGAUCGAGGUUAAGGGGAAAGGGCGUAUGAGGACAUACUGGCUGCUAGGAGAAAACGAUAAAAACUGACAAACUGAUGGACACUGACAAAGGACUUGUGAAGGACCAGCUUAAGUGGAUGAUCGAUGAGGGGCAGAAUAAAAACAGCUGUAAGACACCGGUUGCAUCAAAGCUGCCCUUUUGUCCAAUAAGUUACAUGUGACAUCACCGAAAAGACAUCUACCAGAGAGCACCUGUAGAGAAGACACGGAUGAAUGUUCCACUGUAAAAUAAAUCAACUGAAAAAGUUGUGUAAAUAUAAAAAUAAAAAUGUGUGUUGUUACGUCUGCGUUAUUGUCAAAUGCAAUUCUGUCAGUUUAAA